GGGGAAAAGUUGGGAGAAGAAGAAGAAAUUAAUUCUGACGAGACAUCUUCUAACGAAAUGCCCUCCCCUCUCGAAGAAUCCUCUUCCCCAAAUUGGACAACUUCUGUCAAAACAUUGUCAAAUUCUGUUUGCCAAACAGUUGGAAAUUUUAAAGAAAAAAUAAUUACAAAAUGCCAAAAUAUUCCAAUUAAUUGGAAAAAAUCUGUUACUUGUGUUUUCGUCCUUAUUUUGGCCUGUCAAGUUUCUAAUGUUUAUUUGACUCCAAAAAAUACUCAAAUAGAGCCGAUAAAUUUCCAAUUAAAAUGUAAAGUUGGAAAAGAGGGAUAUGAAUGUACUGGAAAUAAAAAAAUAUUUAAUAAUUACGAUAUAUCUCUUAAAAAUUACCAAGGAAAAUUAACAAAAGAAGGAGAAAUUGAGGAAGAAUUUAAAUGUGUAGGGAAUGGAAAAUUUUGUUAUAAAACAUAUAAAAAUAAGGAAAAUGAGGUUAAAGUUGCUGUUAAAUUAAAUGGAAAGAAAUAUAAAAUUGAAAAAGCGAAAAAAGGGAAAAAGAUGAAUUUUGAAGGAAAAUUUUGA